CUGAAACUUACGUGUUGUUCCAGCCAUUGUCUGUAUGUGGAGGAACAUGGCAGAAACAAGUAUUUCAGUGGCUGAGGAUCAGUUCAGCUGUUCAGUCUGUCUGGAUCUACUGAAGGAUCCAGUGACCAUCCCCUGUGGACACAGUUACUGUAUGAACUGCAUUACAGACUGCUGGAAUAAAGAUCAUCAGAGGGGAAUUUACAGCUGCCCUCAGUGCAGACAGACCUUCACUCCAAGACCUGCUUUAAACAAGAAUGUGAUGCUGGCUGAAAUGGUGGACAACCUGAAGAAGACAAGAACUGCUCUCAUUUAUGCUGGACCUGGAGAUGUGGAGUGUGAUGUCUGUACUGGAAGAAAACGCAGAGCUAUAAAGUCCUGUCUGAUGUGUCUGGAAUCAUACUGUCAAAGUCAUUUUGAGUGUCAUGAGGAAUCUCGUGCAAGGAAACGACACAAAGUGACUGAUGCCACUGGACGAAUCCGGGAGAUGAUCUGCUCUCAACAUGACAGACCACUGGAGGUUUUUUGUCGUACUGACCAGAAGUGUAUUUGUUUGAUGUGUCUGAUGGAUGACCAUAAAAAUCACAAUACUGUUUCGGCUGAAGCAGAGAGGACAGAGAAACAGAAACAGGUUGGAGAGACAGUGAUAAUUGUAAAGAAAAAAAUUCAAGAGAGACAAACAGAGCUUCAGAAGCUGAGAAAGUCUGUGCAGAGUCACAAGCGCUCCGCACAGGCAGCAGUGGAGCACAGUGAGAGGAUCUUUACUGAACUGAUCCGCUCCAUUGAGAGAAGAUGCUCUGAGGUGAUACAGAUGAUCAGAGAACGAGAAAAGGCUGAAGUGAGUCGAGCUGAAGGACUCUUAGAGCAACUGCAGCAGGAGAUUGAUGAUCUGGGGAGGAGAAAUGCUGAGCUGAAGCAGCUUUUACACACAGACCAUCAUAUCCAUUUCCUACAGAGUUUCCCGUUUCUUUCUGUUCCUCCUGCAUCUUCAGAGAGCACCACUGUCAGUUCUCUACUCACUUAUGAUGAUGUGAGAAGCUCUGUCUCUAUAAUUAGUAGGAAAUUUGAGGAUUUCUGCAGAGAGGAGAUAGAAAAGAUACCUGGUGGAGUGAAAUACAGUAUUAUUCCCAAUAUCAAAAUCCUCACACCCAUCACUGAACCCAAAACAAGAGAAGACUUCUUACACUAUUACCAUCAGUUUACUCUGGAUUCAGAGUCAGUGCAUAAAAACCUCUGUCUGUCUGAGGAGAACAAAGUGGCUGCUUGCACUGCUACAGUGCAGCCGUAUCCAGAUCAUCCAGACAGAUUUGAUGUUUGGCCUCAGGUGUUGUGUAGAGAGAGUGUGUGUGGACGCUGUUACUGGGAGGUAGAGUGGAGUGGGACUCGCGGUGUGGGAAUAUCAGUGUCAUAUAAGAGCAUCAGUAGGAAGGGACAGGAUAAUGAAAGUAAAUUUGGAUAUAAUGAUCAGUCCUGGAGAUUGUUCUGCUCUCACUCUGUAUAUUCAUUUAGUUACAAAGACAAAAAAACUGAACUCCCUGUAUUCCCCAGCUCCUGUAGAAUAGGAGUGUAUGUGGAUCACAGAGCAGGAAUUCUGUCCUUCUACAGCGUCUCUGACACAAUGACCCUCAUCCACAGAGUCCAGACAGCAUUCACUCAAACGCUCUAUCCUGGGUUUGGCAUAACUCAGGACUCAACUGUGAAACUGUGUCAUUUAGCAGUAUAGAUAAAGUAGAGAUUCUACAAAUCCUCACAAUAUGACAGUUAUGGACUAUAUAUUAUGGAGCAAGAAUAUAUUUAUAAUACUUAGUGUAUUACUUAUUGUAUCACAUUCUGGAAAAAAGGGAGAAAACAGGACCCAAUUACUCUGCAAAUAUCGCAUUUUGUGAAAAAUAAAAAUGUACUUUUCAAUACUGACCACCCAGCUAACAAUUUUUGAUUCCCAUAACAUUCUCAGGACAUUAGUUUUUGGUUCCCAGAAUGUUAGUUUUUGGUUACCAGAACAUUACUUUUUAUGGUUUGUUUUUGGUUAGCCAGCAAAGUUGUCUUAACGUCCCCAGAAUGUUAUUUUAAACGUUUGUUUUUGUUUCCCAGAACAUUAUUAUAACAUUCCCCUCACCUCUUUACUCUGAUAUGAUCACCCUGCUGUACAUCAGUCUUCAUCCAGCAUAGUCGUGACCCAGUAGACGGCAUGGAAAUUAUCUGUAUCUUGGCCUACGCUUAAUCAGAAUAAUAAAAAACACAUCUUGUGUAUAUCAACCAUCAUAUGUAAGAUUAAAUCAAAUUAAAUCUGUCCAUUAAUAUUUAAGAUUACGGAGUAGGCCUACCCAGAUUUUAAAUGUCUUCAGCACCAAAUAAAAAUUACUUCAACACAUAAAAUAUUAAAUUUAUUCACCAAAAGUUUGGACACACCUUCUCAUUUAAAGAGUUUUCUUUAUUUUCAUGACUAUGAAAAUUGUAGAGUCACACUGAAGGCAUCAAGGGCUAUUUGACCAAGAAGGAGAGUGAUGGGGCGCUGCGCCAGAUGACCUGGCCUCCACAGUCACCGGACCUGAACCCAAUCGAGAUGGUUUAGGGGUGAGCUGGACCGCAGACAGAAGGCAAAAGGGCCAACAAGUGCUAAGCAUCUCUCGGGGAACUCCUUCAAGACUGUUGGAAAACCAUUUCAGGUGUCUACCUCUUGAAGCUCAUCAAGAGAAUGCCAAGAGUGUGCAAAGCAGUAAUCAAAGCAGAAGAUGGCUACUUUGAAGAACCUAGAAUAUGACAUAUUUUCAGUUGUUUCAAACUUUUUUGUUAUGUAUAUAAUUCCAUAUAUAAUUCCACAUGUGUUAAUUCAUAGUUUUGAUGCC